ACAUCCUUGAUGCCCUCAAGCAGUUUAAACAUGCCAUCAGACGACAGCUCUUUCAGCUUUACAUGUUUUCAGGCAGCUUGUGAUCCGAUCCCAUCUCAUUCUCUUUCCACUUCACCUCCUUCCUAUUGCCCUUUUAUCUCUCUCUCACACACACACACACACACACACACACACCUACACACACACACACACACUCAAGGUCGUGGUUUGGUGUCAUAAUCAAUGCAGCAAUCACGGCAGAGGAGGUGGCGGCGGAGAAAGAGCGCUGAUUGCGGCCAUCUCUCAACGACUGUUGGACACCAGAAAGUGGAGAACUCUGUCUGCUGUCAAGUGCUCCAACUCUCUGGAUUUGAGUUUCUGGAAUCCACCAACAGGAGGCAACAGAGUCACAGCUGCGGAUCUGUUCUCCAAUGAAUCUGGACACACUGACCAGAGCCACCAUGAGUGUCCUGCCAAGCAGUUUCCUCCUCCUCCUCUUCCUCUGCCUCCCCGUCGUCGCUGAGGCCAAGCGGCAGCCCGGCGAGGGGAAACCCGAAAAACCCCGGCAGCCUCCGCCGUCGCCCGAACCGGCCAAGAGAGCGAGGAAUCGCUCAGUGCCCGGCUCCGGAGAGCUGACCACCAAGGAGGGCCACAGCUGCGUUUGGCAGACGUCUGGCGAGGGCCUGGUCAGCCUGCUGGUCAACUGCAGCACGGAGACACUGGGAGUCCAGCAGAGGUACUGGUGUCGGUACGCCGGUAAGCCAGACCUCUGCCAGGCCUACGGAGUGAAGUCCAGCCAGUACUGGAAGCAGCUGGUGGGGAAGCUGAAGAAGAGGCAGAACGCCUGCGAAGGAGAGAAAGUCCUGAAGGCCAAAACCUGCAAGAAGGCUGCCGCCGAGGCCCACAUGAAGCUCGCCCAACGCAGCGGGGACGAGGAGAGGAAGGGAGGGAAGAAGAGAGUGCCGCCGGCCAGCAAGAGCUCAGACGGAGGGAAGGCAGAGAGGAGGAGGAUGAAGAAGGAGGAGGAAGAGGAGAUCAAGACGGAGGAUUGGACUGGGUUUGAUGAGGAAGGAGUGGUGAACGACAUAGAGCCGGUGCAGAGUUACUGCAGAGAGGGGUGGCACUCCGUCUGCUCCUUCUUUGUCAAGUUCUUUGAGGGUUGAUAGGAAAUUAUAAAGGAUAAAAAUAAAAAUAAAUCAAUCUACAGGAAAUACCAGGCAGCUUACUUGUGAAAAAAAAGAAAAGAAAUUGAUUUCUUUUUUAUUUAUGAGCUUUUAAAAUAAAUGAUGGAUGUUUAAGACCUGGCAAUAUGAAUCAUACAACACCAUUAUAUUAAACCUUCAAUAUUAAUUAAAAGCCACAAUCCACUAGAUGCCCCUCCUGAUGAACAACAUGUUUAUUACAUUUGACUUCAGUUUUCAGUUAAUUAAUUAUAUUUAGCUUUUGGAUGUGUUAUGUCAUAUAUACGUUGUUGUAGUUGAGUUGUAUAAACUGUGUCAUGUUGGAACUUUCUGACUAAAAAUAAUGUAAAUUGUGUUUUGGUGAACAAUCAAGCAAUGGUCAUCACUGACGAUGAUGGCAACAAUAGUGAUUAUUAGUUUAUCUUUGUGACGUGUUUCUAAUAUUUUG